UGCAGUGUAUUCACAUUGAUUGGUUAUUGGUUUAAUUAAUGUUGUUAAUGGCACGAAUCAAGCUAGUAGACUAUCAUUGUGCCUUUUGCAUUUUUGAAAAUUCAGAGUUUAUGGGUUUGAUUGCAGAUUCCCUUGUAGAAUUGGUACAUGUACCACACCAAUUGAAGUGUCACUGUCUCUAUUGUACGCAAAUGGAGUUGUUCCAGGAGGUAUGGUAAAAGCCCUGAUUUACCCAGGAGCAGUAGCAAAAGCCAUUUAUAAGAACAACGCCAUCCCAAGCUAUGGGAAGCUUCUAGAAGCCUACAAAUUCACCAACAUGAAGGAAUCUUAUAUAACUCAUGAUCUCCAGAACUUAGAGGUUAUAGUAGGAAGUUACUUGUCGGUGGCAGGAGCACUAUUGGGUCUAAUGAAAUCAGGGAGAUUUAGUCUUAUUGGGAUUCUUCUCAUCACAUGGGGUCUUGACAAUCAAGUACUUUUUAGGAAUUCCGCAAGUGUAGUCAUAUACCCAACUAUGCUAAUUGUUUUGCUUUCUGCCUUCUUUUCUAUCAGAGCAGAUGUCACAAAGAUGAUACGUUUCUCCAAACAACAGGCCUCUAUUAGAAAUGAACAAAAGCAAAAGAUAACUAGAGUUAGAUAUGCUAGCUAAUUGAUUGCCACUUUCUUAUUUUUUUUUUUGUCAUACAUUUAGGUUGCAAUACUUUCUUAUCAAUAUUUCUUCAUAAAGUGAUUACUAUAUUGCAGUAAUUUUAAUGCUGACAAGUACCAAGCACUGAGUCACAGUGGCAAACAGCCAUUGGGGCAUUUAUUUUCAUACCUCAAUCAUGGUGACAAAAUACUAUGUUUCCUGUAGAAGUCUUUUCUUUGUUGUGGUGUCAUUAGUCAUUACUUAUAGAGAAAAUUAAGUAAAUAUAGUAGGUCCCGUCGUGUUUGUGCAAUUAGAAGUUAGUUUUCUUUAAAAAUUAUCAACAUCUGCAAUUUAUAUACAGAAGAAAGAUUGAUAUCAAUAAGGAUUGUAGUUGAGUGAUCAUUACUCCUUUUAUCUUUUAACAAGAUGUAACUUGAUCGAAUUCAUGGUAUAAAGUAAAGCAGAUGAUAUGUUAGUAACCAAAGACCCAAAAAGCAGAUGAUUUUUUCAUUUUCCAAUAGAGAAUCUAAUGUGGGCCUAGCCCUCACCUUGAUGAAUCAUAUGGUGGGACCCAGCAGCGGCAAGACAAAGCACCACCCUACACUAGGUAACAAGGAUUUCUGUCUUUUUGUUUUUUGGUUCAAUGGGUUAAUUAUUUGUUUAGCAAAUAGGAAAAUGUGAUGGAGAAAGAUAAAACAUAAAAGAGAUUCCUUCUAUAAUGAGCAGUAGAAAUCGGUGGAGUAACUGAUUGGAGAAUAAUGGAGCUGUCCCACUGCAAUUAACAAUAAGAUCUCCUUCCUACUAGGGAUUCUUCUCAAUUACAAAGAAAAAUAUUUGAGUUUUCGCUUCAUACAAGGUUUUGCUUUUCUCAAAUUCUUUUUGGGUAAAGCUUGUUGGUGACUUGGAAAAGUUACUACCUUUAGCUUCAGAUUCUUUUCUAGUACAAAGAAUCUUGUACUGAGAGUUCAGUGACCCCCAACUAGAGAGGCGGCUGCAUCAUGGAAGCUGAGAAUAUUCUCAGAAUCAUAAGAAAAUUUGCACUUGCAGAGGUGUUUUUAUGCUUCUAAUGGCUAGCUGCUGUUGGAGGGUUUUCACAUUUGCUGCAAAUUUCUUGCUAUUCCUCUGUUUUCCUUCUCUAGGAUAAAGCAAGAGAAGUUCAAGAAUUCUGUUUCAGGUAAAAAUGGGUACUGUUUUUUAUUGAAUCAGAUCUAAGAGGACUACCCCCGCUGCACUUUUGUAAUUUUGACAUCUUUUUUACCCAAUAAGAGAUUCUUUCUCUCAGGUUUAGAAAAGUUGGCCUGAACUUUGUAGAGAAGAAUGAUGAUGUCUUUCAGUUCAUUGAACUAUUCAACAUGUACCUUAGCUCGUAUGAACAGCCACCAUAGCCAUAACAGAACAAGAAAAAGUUCAGCUUUUGCGACACCUCCUUCAUCCAUCAUCUCACAAACUGAAGAAAGCAGAAAUCUAGCCAACUCAAUGGAGAAUUCUCCUUUAGAUGCGGCUUCAAAGCGCCCAGAUUCCUCUGUUUUGCUCACCCAUAAAAAUGCAAUAGGGAUCAUUGGGGGGUUAUCCAUUGGAACCACUCUUAAUUUUGUGAGCAAACUUGUCACAUGGAGUUCCAAAGAUAGUGGAAAUGACAUUCCCUUUGUUCUUUGUUCCGAUCCUGUUCUUAACAAAGAGCUUUCAUUCCAUGAAAGAGGUUCUAGUUCUUACCUCACUGGUAAAAAUAAAAACUUACUAAAAGAUCAUGCUCCAGUUGUUGAAAAUCUUAGGCACAAAAGGAUCUUUCUUGAGAAAUCUGGAGCUAGAUGCAUUGUCAUGCCUUGUUACAUAUCACAUUCUUGGCAUGAUGAGGUUGCACUAGGGUCUUCAGUUCCUGUCCUUCAUAUGGCAGAGUGUGUGGCCAAGGAGCUCAAAGAAGCGAAUUUGCGACCACUAGAAGCUGGGAGUACUCUGCGCAUUGGAGUUCUGGCUUCGGAUGCAACUUUGUCUGCUGGAUUUUAUCAGGAGAAACUUCAAAAUGAGGGUUUUGAAGUUGUGCUGCCAGAUAAGGCAACUAUGGAACACACAGUAAUCCCUUCGCUAGAAGCCUUGAACAGGAAGGACAUUGAAGGGGCACAAAAUUUGUUCAGAAUCGCGCUACAAGUUCUUGUGGUAAGGGCAGUUAACACUAUCAUAAUUGCCUCAGAUGACAUGCGUGAUCUGUUACCUCCAGACGAUCCUCUUCUGAAGAAAUGUGUCGACCCAAUGGAUGCGUUGGCCAGGUCAACUGUGAAAUUUCUUCAAUCAGUUGAAGGGAAUGCAUAAAUACACCCACAAACAGGCGGAGCUACAGGUCUGUUUACGAGUUCAGUAGAACCCAAUCCCAAACCGCGUAUUUCUGUUUAAAAGUUCCUUUAGUUUGAAUUAAUAAUUUAUUCAGUAGAGUCAGAACCCAAUAAGCUGCCUUUUCUAAAUCCAGAACCCAUAAAUUCAAAAUUGUGCCUCCGCACCCACAAAUAUAAAUAUACAUAUUAUAUUUUGUUUGUAAUUCUUUAGAAGUCAUUGAUUUUUAUCGUGAAAGAAUAUGGGCUCUAUCGCCCCUCAAAUAUGUAAUAGACCAAAGGGAGGUGUAUCUUUAUGGAAUAUUGAAUGAAAAAGAAUUGAUUAA